AAUAUUUCCAGCCAGUUUACCUUAUUAUUCAAUUUUUAUUAAACUUCGAAAUCAACAGCAGCUGAAAUACACCUAUUAAGAAAUUUUCACUUUACUGAAAAAAGAUAACAACAAAAUGAAGGGAAUUCAACAAUUGUCCCCAUUGUUAGAAAAAGUUCAAAAACCAAUUCACAUCAAGGAAUUCAGUGGAAAACGCGUGGCCAUUGAUGGUCAUGGCUGGUUGCUCGCCGGAGCGCUCCCUCAUGCCUCUGAACUUGCAAGAGGUGUUGAAACAAAUGAUUAUGUUACGUUUUUUAUUGGCCUUAUCACUAUGUUACGCCUCAAUAAUGUUACUCCUGUCGUUGUCUUUAAAGGUCAAACCUUACCCAUGAAGCAGAACAUGGAAAAUGUCAAGACAAAACAACGUAGGGCAUUGAUUGAAAGAGGAAACAAAUUGUAUGAAGAAGGCAAGCUCACCCACGCCAAAAACUGUUACGAAAAGGCGUUUGUUGUAACCCAAACAAUGGUUGCAAAGAUUAUUAGGGAGCUUGACCAAUUAAAGGUUCAACAUGUUGUGGCACCUUACGAAAGCGAGCCUCAACUUGCUUACAUGCUGAUGGAGAAGCAAGUCGAUGUUGUAAUCACUGACAAGGCGGAUGUGUUGGCGUUUGGAGCCUCCAAAGUGAUCUUCAACAUGGAUCGCCAAGGUCAUGGUCAAUUUGUUGAUCAGUGUCGUCUUUUAAGAACCAUGGGUUUAAAUGCAUACCAAUUCAGAUACCUAUGUAUCUUGUCUGGUUCAGACAUCCUUUCUGCUUUGCCCGGUGUUAAAUUUAAAACAGCCUUUGGUAUGGUCAGAAGACAUACUACCAUUGAUGAGCUUUUAACCUUGGUACAAAAGAGAUUUGAGAAACGAAUUGCCGACAACUACACCAGACGUUUCAAGCAAGUUAAUGAUGCACACAUGUAUCAAUUUGUUUACAAUAUGAACAUGAAUGUGUAUAAGAGAAUGAAUAAUGUGCCUAAGGACAUCAUUAUUGAGGAUCCUGGCAAGUCACCGGAUUAUCUCAACAUCCCAAUGCUUCGUACGAAUAACGCCAUUGUGAUUGAUCCUUUGGAUAUCAUUCGAGAUGAAAACAAGGAGAACCUCUGGCCCUGGGAUGCCGUUGUAUAUGCUGUAUCCGGACAAUACCGAAAGGUGUCCAAGGAACAUGGAUAUACAACCAUUCAAAAGAUCGAGCCAAAAUCCAGUGCAAGAUCAAUACCAUUGGAAUUCAAACAAUAUACCCCAGAAUUAAAGAGAAAAAGCUCCUUUACCAACACCAGCAAGACAAAAAGUCGCCGCCUGUAAAGGCUGGUAUAAUUUUUUUAAGUAAUAACUAGUAAUAAAUAAGCAUUUGUAAAUAUAAAAAAAAGUAUAAUGAUAAAAAAA